AGCAGCACCUGAAAACUAGGUCAAUCAAUGUGUGGCGGCUCUCCUACAUCUGGAUGCGUGUGCAGCAGUCUACUGCAUGGGGACUACUGUGAUGGAACAGCUUCGCAYAGCAGAAAGAAUGGAAAUAACUUCCCGAAAAGCGGUUGUCUCCGUGGAUCAGUAUACCACUACAACUCAUCAUCCCCAAGCCCACUGAUGCCAACGCAGCAAGUGACCGCGCAUUGCUCGCAGRGGCAAUAAGGACCAACACCUUAAUUAUCAGGCCGUGGUGACAUAGACGGUCUCAGCACAGCAGUCACAGCAAUUAUGCGCCACAACACAGCAACAAUUAGGAUUUAAAUCGCUGUUGUUAUAUUUUUUAUUUCUUAAGCUGGCAGCUGCUGCUGCGGUAACACCCCUCUUUGUAGAUCGCGUGCACUCCUCCCUCCUCCCUUCCUCUCCUCGGCUCUCCAUCCUUCCUUCCCGGAACGGCGGGGUGGACUGGUGGGGCUAUGGAGGAUGCAGGUGAGAUGAGGAAGACAUCCACGGUACCGGAGAUUAAACCGUUGGAUCAGUACGACUUCAACCGAGCCAAGGUGUGCGCCAGUGUCCGGUGGRUACUGGCGAAGUCAUACGGAUCCGCAGAGAAUGUCCCGGUGGAGCUGCGAGAGCCUCUGUACAGAGACAAGUAUGAGCAGGAGCACCUCAAGCCCUCCGUCUCCCAACUACUCCUGUCCCCUGAGCUGUACUGUAGGACCCAGGCCCUGCUCCACGGGGUCUCCCAGCCCGCUCCUCAGGGGCUCCCAGGGGACAACUCUGCACUGCUGCAGCUCCUCACCAAGAGGGGCCUGGAGCCCAGGGACCAGGAUGUGGCCAUCACAGAGGAAGACCUCAGCCACACGCCCAUCAAGACGAGGGCCCACCUGGUCCUGAUUGACUCGCUGAUGUCACUGGCUGCUAUGGAGACGGUGGGCAAGGUUAAGAUGACGGCAGAGGCAGAGAAAAUGGGAGGCGGGGCUCCGUGGGAGAAUGCCCUCCUCUUCUGGGUUAACCGGUUGAAUCAGAAGUUGAGAGGAGAGCACUGAGGAUGAGGAGGUCCAACCUGCACAGACCCACAGCCUGUUCAACCAACA